GAAAGAGGUAGAGUUAGGGUUUUAGAGCUUCAGAGAUGCCUCGCACAACGACAUUGGAGUGCCCCGGUUGCCCUCCGCUUAGAGCUCUCACCUUCGACGCACUUGGUCUCAUAAAAGUUAUUGAAGCUCGGGGCAAGCAAGGAGGUCUUCCGAAGAUCGUAGAGAGAUGGGGCGAGCCGGACGCCUCCAAAUCCGUGAUUGCAGCUUCAAUGGUGGACGCCAAACACGACCCAAUGUUAGCUGUUGCAAGAAAAAAUGGCACGAUUGAGGUUCUCAAUCCUCUUAAUGGGAAUCUUCGUUUUGCAAUUUCUAAUGUUGGUGAUACUGGUCGACCUGAAGUUGAUGCUAUUGCUGGGCUGCAUUUAUUUGCAAGAAAUAGAUUGGAAUCAGAAUCCAAGUCUUGCACUUUUCUUACUUGUUCGGCAAAUGGGAAAGCAAACAUGAGGUCCUUUGAAGAUAUCUCAUCUGCAGAUUCUGCCUCAAUGGGAUCUUCAAAAACAUGGGAUGUCUGCACGUCUGGUAAUAUUCAAUGUUUCAAGGUGGAUGGAAGUGAAAACUAUGCAUUAUUUGGAGGGAAGGGAGUGGAGAUGAAUGUAUGCGAUCUCAACGAGUGUACAAAGAUUUGGACUGCAAAAUCUCCUCCUAAGAACAGUCUUGGCAUUUUUACCCCAACUUGGUUCACAUCUGCCACUUUCCUCAGUAAAGAUGAUCAUCGUAAAUUUGUGGCUGGUACUAACAGUCAUCAGGUUCGCCUCUAUGAUAUUUCUGCUCAGAGAAGGCCUGUUAUAUCCUUUGAUUUCCGGGAGACCCCUAUUAAAGCAGUGGCUGAAGAUUUAGAUGGCCACACAAUCUAUAUAGGGAAUGGAUCUGGUGACCUUGCGUCUGUUGACAUGCGUACUGGCAAAUUGUUAGGAUCUUUCUUGGGCAAGUGUUCUGGAAGCAUUAGAUCGAUAGCCAGGCACCCAGAGCUUCCAGUGAUAGCAUCAUGUGGAUUGGAUAGCUAUCUACGUCUGUGGGAUGUAAGGACACGGCAAUUGCUUGCUGCGGUUUUUCUGAAGCAGCACCUUUCCAGUGUUAUUAUUGAUUCCAAUUUCAGUGAAGAAGAUGUUGCCUACUCUACAAGAGAUCCCGCAGUUGAAGAAACACCGACUGCCAAUGAUUAUAAAGAUGGAGAUGAGCAAGGUCGACAAGAUGUGGAAAGGAAGAAACCUUCGAAAGAGAAGAAAGCGAAGAAAGGAAGUAAACAAAAAAUUAGAAGCAAUGAAAAAUCUACAGAAGAUGAAGGAAGCAAGAAGGUAAGUAAAAAGAAAAAUAGAAGCACUGAAAUGUCAACAGAAGAUGACGGAAGCAAGAAGUCGAGUAAAAAGAAGAGAAGCAGUGAAAUAUCUACAGAAGAUGAGGGAAGCAAGAAGCUAAUUAAGAAGAAAAAGAAAAGUAAUCAGAUAUGUGCAGAAGAUGAAGGAAACAAGAAGCUGAAGUCCAAGAAAAGAUUAAAGCACGAGAAACUCGAUGAUUAAUCAUGACUUAAUGGAUUGAACUAUUCAGUUAUCAAACAUUGCAGCUUGCCAUGCUUUAUAUCGUAAGGGAGACGGUGAGAUAAGUAUCGUGUAAAAGCCAGGUUGCUGCUGCCUGCCAUUCUAUCAAAGAAGGGCAUGGAAAUAGCGUAAAAACUACAAUGUUUUUCCUUUGCUCACUUGAGAGUGCAAGCACCUUAAAAUUUUGUUGGAAGAGGGUUGUAAUUUAUUCUCAGAGAAUUGAAAAACCAGUCUUUUAUCAUAUUUAAAUGAGAUAAAUGUCUCGAUUCAUUUUUGGAAAUUUAGAUCAUGUGUUCAAGCUUUAUGUAUUGUCAUGGAGUACAUAAUGCUAUUCUAGCCUUUUAUAAUAAUUAUAAUCAUAAGUGAGACAAUUUCGUUUUUUGAAAACAUCUGAAUAAUGAAGUUAAAAUUUUGUUGC